AUGUCCUCAAAGGUAUAUGGUUCAGAAGACAAUGCAAACUUUGGGCUUGACCUUACUCCUGGGAACAAAUGUUUACUGGCAAAUGUUCCAGGAAUAACACCAGACAAACUAAACAAAGAAAACUUAGAACAGUUAUUGGGCAACUACACCCCAGUUAUCACAGUAUCAUCAUCUUCAGCGAGUGAAUUAAGAUCUUCAAAAUUCAUGAAUCCUUUUAACGAUACCAAUUCUUCUGAACCAAGAAAUUCCAAAAUAAUGAAUAAUGAUGGGUUGCAAAGUUCGAACUCGUCAAAUUUGCAGUAUUUACUACCUCCUAUUUCGUUCAACGAUAACAAUCGUAGUAAACACGAGAAGGAAGAACUAGAAUCUUUUGAUAAAAACAAUCAAUUAUUUGUUCGUGGAAUGAAAUAUGUCCUUCAAUCUUCCAGAAAUUUGCCUCAAAACAGCGACAAUAUCUUGGUUAGUUCUCCAAUUACUCAAAACCAAGACGUGGUAAUCGAUAAGGACCUAUUAACCUCAGAAGCCGACAACUAUAAUGACCAUUUAUAUCCGUGGAUUCCUAGACAAGAAUUAGAAGGAUGCGACUCAUUCGUAGAAAGCACUCUAAUAAGACAGCAUGAAGAAACUAGCUCAGAAAGGCUUUCAUUAAUCCAAAAAGACAGACUUACACAAGAAACGGGUAUACAAGACCCUGCUCCAGGCUAUGAAUUAGAAUCCGAUAUACAUGACAUAAGUAUUAAAAAAAAGAGACUAACGAGGAAAAGAAAACGCAGGAGUAAUAUCACGAAAACAUUACCACUUACAAUUCUGAUUAAGCCUGAGCAUCUCCGCAAGGAGAUAAAUAAACUGUUGAAAAAAAAGCCCGAUAAGGAAAUAUAUGACACGGCAUUGUAUUCUGGAGAUUUGUUAGAUCAGGACAAUACGGAGCGUACUACCAAAGAGGAUGAUGAAUAUUUGCCAGCGUAUAAGAUAACGAGAAGUAAGAGUCGGAGAAACAGAAUAAGCUUGAACAAUUAUUCUGACGUCAACGUUCACGAUAAAAAGAAAAAAAUAGGUCCCAGAUCUAAGAGCGGUUGCUGGACAUGCAGGGUCAGACAUAAGGCUUGUCCCGAAGAAAGACCUAUGUGUAGUCAAUGUUCAAGAUUGAACUUAGAUUGCGACUAUUCUUCCAUAAGGCCAACAUACAUGGUUGAUCCCAUCUUGCAGGCAAACAAAUUGAAAGAGAUUAGAAAUAUCACUUUCAAGCAAAAGCGAAACAACUUCACUAAAGGAGGGAUACACGGUUGA